CGCGCAUUUUCCCCAUCUCGCAUCUAAACACUCUGUUGUCUAUCAAUAAACUCCUAGUUUAAAUAUUUUACCAUAUAAUCAAGUAAGCUUCUAGCGAUUCCGUGACUGCGAAUACACAAUGCCUCUGGUGCUCUUUAGGUCCUUAGUUGUCCUAUUGACGCUAUUGAUAGCAUCAUAUCUCUCUCAAUCCACAGAUCAUUUUAAAUCUACUGUUGAUGGUUUACAACAACUGGUUCUUCUUAAAUUAAGUUCAAAUUCAUACAUUGAUUUAAAUCUAGUUGAAGCGUACCGUAAGAAUAAACUACGCUCUCAGCAACAUCAACAACAACAAGAUCCACAAUAUCUUAAACAAUCAUGGGUGUUUCCCCAACUGCCAUCGUCAUAUGGUCGUGAAAACGCCACUCUUGUAAUGCUUGCGCGCAAUUCCGACCUUGAUGGUGCACUCAAAUCAAUGCGUUCCUUGCAGGAUAGAUUUAAUUCUCAAUAUAAUUACCCAUGGGUAUUUCUAAAUGAAGUCCCAUUCACAUCUGAAUUUAUAGAAAAAACAACCUUAAUGGCAGAUGGGGCUCCAACAUACUAUGAACUCGUUCCUGAGUCGGAUUGGGAACCCCCGGAAUUCAUAGAUGAGUCCCGACUUCAAGCAAAUCUAUUUCAAGCUGAACAAGACAAUGUUCUUUAUGGGGGGUUUAGAUCUUAUAGAAACAUGUGUCAUUUCAACUCUGGGUACUUCUAUCGUCAACCAAUACUUUUAAACUAUGAUUGGUAUUUUAGGGUAGAACCUGAUGUGGAAUAUAUGUGUGAUUUCCAAUAUGAUCCCUUCCGAGUACUUCGAGAAAAUCAUAAACAAUAUGGAUUUGUAAUUACUAUCCAUGAGUACGAGAACACUAUCCCUACACUUUGGAAUCAUGUAGAGCUGUUCAUUGAAACAUACCCUCAAUAUAUUCAUCCAAAUAAUGCAUGGGAUUUCUUAACCUCAAAGGAACCUCUUGCCGACAUUUCAUUAGAGAUAAAUUCAUCUUCAUCCUAUAACUUGUGUCAUUUCUGGUCAAAUUUCGAGAUUGGAAAUCUUAAUUUUUUCAGAAGUGAAGCGUACCAAAAGUUCUUUGAACAUCUAGAUCAUGCAGGUGGCUUCUAUUAUGAACGCUGGGGCGAUGCUCCAGUACAUUCCAUUGCAGUAGCAUUACUUCUUGAUAAGAAUGAAAUCCACCAUUUUGAAGAUAUUGGUUACUACCAUGCUCCAUACAUGACUUGUCCUCUGGCUGAGGAUUUACUACUGUCAAAACGAUGCAUUUGCCGUCUGGAAGGCUUGGAAGGACAAUCGACAUUCAAAGGAAUGGAUGUUGAGCUACAUAGUUGUUUACCCCGAUGGUGGAAGCAUGGGCCGGGUAAAACAUUCAUGGAUCCCGUUGUAUAAUAGAAUUUUUCACGCAUUGAUUGCCGAGGUGAUUAGAAAAAUAGACAGAUUCUGCCGAGUAUUCUUAUAUGAGGGGCUUUGGUAAGGUAAGGUCCAGUAGUUAUAAAAAAACAAUUUUUUUGUACCUUGAUUUGGAAAAACUUUAUAUUCAGUUGCAUCGUCAUCAAUGUACCUC